AUGGACAGUGGGUGGCCUCUUCUGAGGGGACACCUCCUCUGCCUCAUGAUCAGCCUUCUGGUUCAAGGAAGAGGGGACACUUUCAUGAUCAACUGCUCAGGGUUUGACCGGCAUGGAGUGGACCCUGCUGCCUUCCAAGCCGUGUUUGCCAGAAAGGCCUUCCGUCCCAUCCUCAACUCCAGCAGCCCCACGCAUGUCAACGUCUCCUUCACCCUUUCUGCCAUCCUAGAAGUGAAUGCCCAGCUGCAGCUGCUGACAUCAUUCCUGUGGAUGGAUUUGAUAUGGGACAACCCAUUCAUCAACUGGAACCCGGAAGAGUGCUUUGGCAUCGACACACUCACCAUCUCAGCCGAACUCCUGUGGCUCCCAGAUAUCUUCAUCGUGGAAUCCAUGGACAUCAAUCAGACACCUCCGCACCUCACCGCAUACGUCAGCAGUGCGGGCCGAAUCAAGUACGACAAGCCAAUGCGGGUGACCAGCAUCUGUAACCUGGACAUCUUCUACUUCCCCUUUGACCAGCAGAACUGCACACUCACCUUCAGCUCGUUCCUCUACACCGUGGAAAGCUUGCUACUGGGCAUGGAAAAGGAAGUGUGGGAGAUCACAGACACGUCACGUGACAUCAUUCAGACCCAGGGAGAGUGGGAGCUCGUGGGCAUCAACAAAGCCACCCCAAAGAUGUCGGUGGGCAGCAACCUUUAUGACCAGAUCAUGUUCUAUGUGGCCAUCAGGCGCAGGCCCAGUCUCUACGUCAUCAACCUGCUGGUGCCCAGCAGCUUUCUGGUUGCCAUCGACGCCCUCAGCUUCUACCUGCCGGCAGAGAGUGGAAACCGAGCCCCGUUCAAGAUAACGCUUCUGCUGGGCUACAACGUCUUCCUGAUCAUGAUGAAUGACUUACUGCCCGCCAGUGGCACCCCCCUCAUCAGUGUCUACUUUGCCCUGUGUCUGUCCCUGAUGGUGCUCAGCCUGCUGGAGACGGUCUUCAUCACCUACCUGCUGCACCUGGCCACCACCGAGCCCCCGCCCAUGCCUGAGUGGUUCCACUCCCUGCUGCUGCUCUGCACCUGCCCGGGCAAGCGCUGCCCCACUGCACCCCACAAAGAACAGAAGGGCCUGGCUCUCACCCCCACCCACCUGCCUGGCCUGAAGGAGCCAGUGGAGUUGGUGGGAAAGAUGCCCCGCUGUGGACAGGCAGAGCAGAAGGAGUCAGCAAGGACCCUGCAGAAACCCGAGACCCAGAAGCAGCACCUGAUCGAUCAGUGGGUGCAGUUCAGCCACAUGAUGGACACCCUGCUCUUCCGCCUCUACCUGCUCUUCCUGGUCUCCUCCAUCCUCACCGUCAUCGUCCUCUGGACCACCUAG